CCGAUUUGCCCCUACGCUCCGCAGUGAAGGGUUUAAUUUGAUUUAAAUCGGAAAUGACAAAUAAAAAUCGGAAAAAGCAUGGAUGCUAAUUAUCAAAGCCUUUAGGUAAUAAUAAAUUGUAUUCCUGGUAGCGAAUUGCUGUAAAAACCCAUAUGUUUAUAGGAAUCACUGCGAGCAUGCUGUUCGUCUGCUAUGAGCGAACGCGGGCGAAUAGAACACCAUGGACGACGGCCAAGAAAGCGCGAUGCAAGCUAAAAGACUGCAGCCUCGAGCUUCUGCUGCUCAACAAGAGCACUUGUAUUCAUUCAUGCGCGACCACCCGCAAAUUACACGCGCCGCCAGUGAUUUUACAGGAGGGGUAACGCGCGAAAGCAAAGAAAAGCUGUGGAGACAGCUCACGGCUGAACUGAACGCCCUCGGACCAGCCACAAAGUCGCCCGCCCGGUGGCGACAUUACUGGACGGACAAGGUGUCCUGGGCCAAAAAAAAGGCAGUAGAUUUCCGCCAGAGCAGUGGCGGUACAGGCGGCGGCUCGGUGCCCGGCGAGGCCGGCGUCGUUCUGGACGUCGUUGGCCACGACGCAUCUAACGAUUGCGGCUCCGUGAAGCUGCCUGGUCGGCCAGAGGGUGCACCACCACCACAUUCACCCGAGUCGCCACCAAGAGUUUCGGUUGGGGAGAUUGCAGGGACAAGCGGUGCAUCCAGACACCAAGCUGCACCACCAGCUUCCAGGCUUUUGUCACCUGGAAAUGAGGGCACGACCGACACAUCCGUUCCCAGCCAGUCAACCACCCUUGCACAGUGUCCUGUACGGGCACCACGGCGUCGAAAACGCAAGGGGGGCCAUGAUGCUGCCGAGGAAUAUGUUCAAGACCAACGACGCCUGGUGGACCUCGCAGAGGCGAGGGCUGCUGCUUCGGAACGGCACGUGGAAUCGCUGCUAACCGAAAUGAGGCGACAAUGCAGCGCAACGGAACGGCAGGCAGCUGCCAUGGAACGGCAGGCUGCAGCGAUGGAGCGGCAGGCUGCGGCGAUGGAGCAGCAAGCCGCAGCCAUGGAACAGCAGGCUGCGGCCAUGCAGGUGCCCAGAGCACUCCUGCUGCUUGUGGCCAUGUUGGCCACCACAUUCCAGCGCGUCGUGCUUGUGCCGAGCAGGCCCCCAACACCGCCGCAGUUGGACUAAGUCACUCCUACCCGUUUUUUUUUUUAUGAAAUGCAACAGAGUUUGUAGUCCUGCAUAAUUAUUUUUAGGACAAUGUAUACAGUCGCCAAUUGAUUUUUCGGACUUCGCACUGAUUGAAAAACCGUCUGAAUAAGAUAGUAGUCUGAAAAUUCAGCAGAUUAAAAAACUGCCUUUAUUACGUCUAAGCCGGCUUAAAAAAGCCAUAAAUAGUAGCUUACUUCGGGUUAUGUCAACGCGCCUUGUUUUAGGUUACGCCCGUUUGCGUUCAGCAACU